ACCCACGCGUUUUCUGGGUUUUUCUUCUUGCAGACGGUCGCCAUUUUAUAUUCGCGUACGGCCAUCUUUCUCUUUCUCUUCUCUUGCGCUUGUUGUGGGGUGCACUUCGGGGACAAGAUGAGUCUCCUUCGCGUGCAAAAGCGGCUGGCCUCCAGCGUGCUGAAAUGCGGCAAGAACAAAAUCUGGUUGGAUCCCAAUGAGACCAACGAGAUCGCCAACGCGAACUCUCGUCAGAACAUCCGAAAACUCAUCAAGGAUGGUCUCAUUAUCCGCAAACCACAGGUGAUCCACUCUCGGGCCCGCGUCCGUGCUGCACAUGAGGCUCGCAGCAAGGGCCGUUCUAUGGGACGCGGUAAGAGAAAGGGUACUGCCAAUGCCCGUCUGCCCGAGAAGGUCGUUUGGAUGAGGAGAAUGCGGGUUCUCCGUCGUCUGCUCAGGAAGUACCGUGAGGCCAAGAAAAUCGACCGUCACUUGUACCAUGAGCUGUACAAGCGCUGCAAGGGUAACGUGUUCAAGAACAAGCGCGUAUUGAUGGAGUUCAUCCACAAGAAGAAGGCCGAGAACGCCCGUGCUAAGCUCUUGUCUGACCAAGCUGAAGCAAGACGCUCAAAGAACAAGGCUGCCCGUCAACGCCGCGAGGAACGCAAGGAGGCCAAGCGACUUGCUGUGACUCAACCUCAAUAAAUGUGCCUAGAAAGACAG